GGGGGGACCGUUAUGCUCAUGGGGGUUCUUUUUACCGAUGCAGAUUCCUAUCGAGCUUUUAUGAAGUAAAUAAUCGCUAUCAAAAUAACAAAAUAGUGGAAGGAGACUUCACCCUCUCUCCAGGCUGUUAUAAUUACUAUUUUGAAGGUUAAGGAGAAACUGGUUGUGUUGGUCCCUCCCCACUCAGAGCUGCUCAGAGAGGGGCUGGAAGCUUCUACAAGCCGGAAGAAGAAAACUAACGAGGAGAUGGAGAUAGACUGUCCCCCAGAGGAGUCCAUAACAUCUACGUUCGAUGAGGACUCGGUUGAACUGGGAGACGUCAAGGAUAUGAGACUGGAGGCAGACGCCAUCGUUAAUGACGUUCUCUUUGCUGUAAACGAAAUGCACGUCUCCCAAAGUCUCGCCAGAGCAUUAGACAUGGCGUACAUCAAUGUGGAGACGAGAGAGGGCAACCGUUAUUGUCUGGAGCUGACCGAAGCCGGACUCAGGGUGGUGGGCUAUGCUUUCGAUGAGGUGAAUGAGGAGCUAAACACCCAGUAUCACGAGACGGUUUACUCUCUUCUGGACAACCUCAGUCCAGGAUACAGGGAAGCGUUUGGGAACGCUCUACUGCAGCGGCUGGAAAGGUUAAAGCAAAACGGACAGUAAAAAAGGGACAAACAGCAUGUGGGUCACUUUACUGUGGCCUGUCUCACGUGAUGCCCAAUAACCUAGUUGCCACUACUAAUAAAGGCUGCAGAGCCUAUCAACCUAAUUUUAUUCUCAAAAUUUCAUAACAUUGAAGGACUUCAUGUUAGAUUUAGCCGCUGCUUCAGGCUGGCUGUUUGGGAUCUGUUGCAACAGUGUGCUGUUUACUUUACUGUGAAAAUAUCUUAUUUCUUCCAUGUGUAUUUAGUGACUAAGUGAAAAUGCUGCUCCUUUUAAAACUCAUCAAAACCAAGCAUA